UUGUGACUAGGAGAAGGGGGAUUAAACGGUUCUAUUCAACAUGCAGUUAGGGACCAGCUGCUUCUAGUCCUGCUGGAGACACAUGACUUGAAAUGAUCGAUGUCUGCUGGUGCAAAUGACAACAGGAACCGAUUCCAGAUCCUUGAAAGGUAGGCUUUUCUUUCUACUGGACACAGCUUGAAUAAUGAUGUAGAUAUAAUUAAUAGGAAUCAGUUUCUAUAUCACUUUACCUUCGCUCCCAUAAGACUAACUUGAAAAGGUCAGCCAAGCGAAAGAAAAAAGAAGUGUACAGCAUUCAAGCUUAAGCUUCUUGGGUAGGAUUCAGAGAAUUUGUUUCCUAUGUGUAGUUUUAAAAUAUGACAACACACUAAGGCAGUGGUUUUCAAUGUUUUUGGUGUCAAGGACCCCCACAUCGAUACACAUCAGGUUGUGGACCCGUAUUUUAUUUAUUAUUUGCAGUGUGAAACCUACGAACAGAAUAUAAUCAUUCGUAUACAUUAUUUCCCUGGGCUAACUUUUAUCUAAUGAAAUAAUGGUGAAAGGACCUCAUGGAAGUCUGUCAAGGAUCCCUGGGGGUUUGCGAACCCCAGGUAGAGAACCACUGCACUAAACUGUCACUUAAUACACAUUUCUAAAAUCUCUGAGAAACUGAGUAUCCUGAAAAUAAUAUCUCCUUAAUAUUUAGAUAUUAAUAUUUCCUUCUCCUGGAUAAAUUAGUUUUUAUUUUCAAUCCCUAUGAGAUGUGUCUCACUCUUGCUAAUUAUGCCUCUCACUUAUCUCUUCCAUCUUUUUUUCUCUAAUGUCUUAAUAUGCAUUUAUGUAACAUUUUUUAUCCAUUUUUUAGUCACCUCCAGCUCUGAAAUUAUGUGUCUGCUGCCUCCUGUUGAUGUAAGCAAGUUAGGAGGAUCACAGUCACAUUAAAUAACACAAUAGUGAAAUAGUCUCCUCUUCCUCCUCAGUUGCAGUUUGCUAAGCAUCCAGCAGAGUUCAGCCAUGCCACACAUCAACACCACCGAGCUGCAGUCGCUCCUGCUCUCCUUCCUACAGCACUGCCUCAACAGCACAAGUAUACUCUCUCCACCGAUACCACAGAAUUACACCAGCCAGCACCAUGUGGAUGGAGCCAGGGCCCACUCUCAGUCUCAGGGCAUGAUGUACAUCCUUCUGGUGGUCGGCAUGUUCAGCUUCUUCACAUUCGGCAUCAUGCUCAGCUACAUACGCUCCAAGAAGCUUGAAAGCUCUCACGACCCAUACCACCAGUACAUCGCCCACGACUGGACCAAGGUGAUCACUCCGUCCCGGGCCGUCGCCCAGGCUCUGCACAGGGAGGCUGCGGGGAACGGAGGCGGCAGCAAGGAGCCCACCGUCAUCUGCAACCCUGCAACACUGGAGCAGCUGCCAGACUAGAAUGCGACAUUCAGCUAUUCAAACACUUGCCAGAUUGAAAAAUGUAAACCUCUGUAACACAAGAUUUUCUUUUUUUAUUACCUUAACUUUUAAUGUCACAUAGCAACCAAAAGUUACAGUGCGUCAGAUAAGUGAUUUCACAGAAACAACUUGUAUCAUAAAAUUGCCUCAUGUUGUAAUCUUUGUUAUAAACACAUGCAGUUCCUCACACUUUACAGUCCCACAAUCACGGUUACUAACAGCUGAAGAUUAUCCUGCAUAUC